UGCCGCAGGAGCGAGUGGCGCAGUGGCGUGCGGCGCCUCGCUGCGACCGAACCUGGCGACCAGCGCCGCGUGUCGUCGCGAGUGAGUGCACAGUGGGAGUGCGGCGGCUGCUGACCGCGCAGUGCUUCGUGCCCAGUGAUCGGGGUCUCCGUUACGUACUGUGAUAUUACAAGUCUGCUUCAUUAAAACAAUCGACAGUUUAGUAAAACUGAACGUGCGUCCGGUGCCACUGUAAGUGUUCUCUCACUGAUCCCGACGACACACAGUGCUUCAAUAAGUGCGAGGAGGGUGAGGGGCGGCGUCGCGGCGGCAUGGGGCUCGCGCGCGGGCCGCCGGCGGGAUGGCGGUGAGCUGCCCCGAGGUGAUGUACGGCGCCUACUAUCCCUACCUGUACGGCCGCGGAGCCGCGCGCUCCUUCCACCACGCGCCGCACUUCCAGUACGAUCGGUUGAACGUGCAGAGCGGCGGCGUCAAUGCGGGCAGCAGCGAGGCGUUCGUGUCGGGGGCGCAGUCCCCGGGCUCUCCGCCGCACGCGCUCCCGGCGCACCGUCUGCGCACCAAGGAGGAGGAUCUCUCUGCACACGGCCGAGCCAGCGCUGACGGCGGUUCGUCCGAGUCGGAGGGCGAGUGCGGCGGCGCGGGUCCGCGAGCGCGCGCGCAGUACGUCAGCGCCAACUGCGUCGUGUUCACGCACUACUCCGGGGACGUCGCCGCGGUCGUCGACGAGCACUUCGCCAGGGCGCUCUCGCUCGACAAGACUAAAGACGGCGUCCCGAUGGUGUCGCGCAACCUGCCGGCGUCGUUCUUCAACGCGGCGGCGGUGGGCGGCGCGGGCGGCGUGGAGCUGUACGAGUACGACCCGUGGCACCAGCACUACUCCGGCUACGGACACGCGGCGCACCGCCACGCCGCCGAGUACCACGCGGCCGCCCAGGCGCACCACAACAUGGCGGCGGCGGCGGGCUACGGGCCGCUGCUGCUGCCCCGCGGCUCUCUGCACGCGCAGUACAAGCCGGUGGAGUGGGGCGCACAGCACCACGCGGCGCACCACCUCGACCCCGCCGCGUGCUCGCCCUACUCUUAUCCCGCAGUACCAGGUCUGGAAGCGCAGGUGCAGGACACGUCCAAGGACAUGUACUGGUUCUGAGAGGAGGCUCUCAUGGCACGCUGAGCGCACGUCGGACCAGUGCGACGCGGCGCCGACAGGGCUCGGUGCGGGCCGCGCCUGCGAGGGGCUGCUCGCCGCUCUAGGGCUGUAAAGACAUUGUCUAGUUUAAGUGUUGUUCAUCGAAGGACUCCGCACGUGCAUCGGUAUUUAAUACCACAAAUGACUGACUCGAGUACACGAGUGUGUGUACCAAGUUUCGACCUGUGUGUUAUCUAUAGUUUGCUGAGGCCAGUUUCCAUGUAAGCUUCCACAAUACGCGCACCUACGGAGUACGUCGAUGUCAAAGUACAGUAGUAUUGUAGUUAGGAACAUUGUAGCUCUAACUUGUAUAAAUUAGAUGAGGAAUGGAAUACUUAGGAACGUUAGUUGAUUAAUACAGAUUGAAAACAGAUAGACGGGCGGUGCAGUGCGGUGCAGUUGUGGAAGGAACUGCUCGAUUGCUUCAGCCUCUCACCGUUAUCGUACCGAAACAAAUAUGCUUCUGGAAAAUCGUAAUCACUCAACAGAUAUUAUUUGAAUGAUUUAUGAAUGUUGUAUUAUUAGCAUAACUAAAGCUGUGAGUUAGGUCGACAGGCUGCAACCGACCAACACAUCGGAAUUAAUAAACAAAAACACGAUAAAGAUAUGCGAAGAGAUAGAUGGGCGGUGGAAGGUGUACGUGUCCAGUUUAAUGACCGGAAUUCAUACUCGUAAUAGCGGGAGCGAUGUUUUGUGAAGUACAUUUGUGUCGUAACGUGUCGCGCGGCGAUCGCACACGGACAGGUGCAGCGGACCGCGCCCUCCGGCCACCGCGCCACCGCGACCUCACUGCACACAGCUUCUCAUGUGCUAACUGCUCGGUGUGAGUGAGGAAGUCGGCUCACCUGGCUGGUCGCAUCGCACCGCACGUUGCGACCACUUAUAUCAUUCAAUGAUCCGGUUUUACAUCGUGUCUUAGUUAAAAUAAUUUAUCUGUGCGGUAUCAUAGAGACGGAAUGUAAUGUAACAUCAUUAGCUCAAUAUUUAGUUCAAAGCUAUGUGAAAGUGAUCUCUGUCGAUAUAAAAUAUUAAAUUAUGAUAAUUACGAGUGAUGUUAGUUCGUUUUAAAGAUUUAUUCAUGGUUCUUCGACAACGGGACUAAAAUAUGAAAAAUUCAGAGUUCAAAAACUCUAUUACGUAAAAAAUAUACAUACCUAGAUAUUUGAAAAAGACAAAAUAAACUGUUUUUAAGGUAGAGUCUACCUAUAGAUCACCUAUAGGUAGACUCUACCUUAAGAUAAUUUAAUUUUAAUCCCCAUCCAAGUCUAUCAUAAAUUCCUUCCUGUAUAAAGUUUUAAAUGUACAUAUCUAGUUUAAUUUAGUAUUUAGAAGAUAGUAUGUAUGUAUUACGAUUGUAAAUAUAAUAAUUGCACAGAAUCAGUAGACCGACUUCGGGCGUAGAGGCCGGGGCCGCCCCGAGCGCACCCUGCCUACCGCCGCACAAUGUGAUCUCUAUGCCAACAUUCUCCUGUACAUUCGUUUGUUCAUCUGUUGGUCGUGCGGUCGUGCGGUCGUGCGGUCGUCGUGCAGCUGGUGCUCUGAACGCACUAGGCCUAUAAAAUCAAAGGCAGCUAUAUCCAAGUCUGUCAAAUAUUUAGGUAAACUACAAAAAUCGGCCCUAAACACAUCAUUACGGAUCCUCCCGAUCCAUCGAAGUACUGCUCUUGCUAGGGCCAGUGUUAACAACACUCGCGGUUUGAGAAUCUGAAAUAACUUUGUUCGUAUAGCUACGAUAUUCUUUAUUUUAAAGCAGAUUUAUAAAGAAUGAGAAUAUUACUAAUAAUCUGAAUUUUAAAUGAUAAAAUCGUUUAUUAGUACUUACUACAGAGUAAACUUAACUUUUUUGAACUGAAUUUGUUAGAGAUUUAGCUGCAUUUGUUAUAACAUGAAAACACUAAAGCAUGUUCAACUAACUAAACAAGAUAGAGCCAUUGUUAAUACAUUUUAUGACAUUAUGGCGUUUAGCUGCCUUUGAUUUUAUAGGCCUCACUUCUUUGUGGCAUUUGCCAACGCUCAUUACGUAGCAUCUGAUAAGAACGAUAGAUGGCGCGCGAGUUGCCUCAACGGGAUGUAAAACAUUUGAUUAGCUCUGUAAUUUAAGAGCAUUUGUAUUGUAAAGAUGUAGCGUGUCGCUGUGUGCGUGGGGAUGCUGAAUGACCGCGUCGAAGACAAUGGAGCGCGGAAUGCGCCCGGAAUAGCGCGGCCGCGUGCCAGCAGCACCGCUGCUAAGAUAAUAAUGGCAGCUCCUCUCGAUUCCUCUCAUUACACUAAACAACAUUAAUAUUCCGGCACUCCCAGCGGCUCGCAUUCCGCAACUCGCGGUCUUGUCAUAAAACUGCGGCCGCGUGUCACUCAAACUCGCGCGUGGCGGCGGCCGCGACCUCGGGAACCUUUACGAGUAUUACCGCUCAACUCGUUGUUGUGGAAGAUUCGUAUUUAGCCGAACGUUAAACUAAAAAUGCGACCUGCACACUGUGCGACACGUGCGUCUCUCGCGCUGUGUGUCGGAGCCGUGCUUGCCGGCUAGAACUGCACUAUGUAUUCAGUAGCUUUAUUACAAGAAGAAGGAAGCGGUCUCGGGAGUGGCAUCCGCUCCCGCGGCACGGAGGCACGGGGGCACGGGGGGGGGGGGGAGGGCGCCUCGCUCGCAUGUUGUAAUCAAUUCCAAUAUACUACUGUGAUUGUUUCACA